UUGCAGCUACUACUACUACACCCAUUUCGUCCUCUGGGCAGACCCUUACAAUUUCUGCAGAUGAAUUUGCCAAAUUUACUCAGUACUAAGAAGCAUUGAAGAAUUCAUCUCAUCCAAUUUCUGCCAUUUCUGAGACAGGAUCUCAUGACGAAGGAGAUUAUUGUUAAAGGACAAGAAUCAGGAGGUCUCUAUAUUCUGGAUACCCAGGUGCCCAAGUCCAUUGUGUGUUCAGGCAUCUUAACUCCUUUUGAAGCACAUUGUCCUUUGGGACAUCCAUCUUUAUCUUUGUUGAAGAAAUUAUGUCUUCAAUUUCAGAAUGUGUCGUCUUUAGAUUGUGAGUCGUGUCAAUUUGCAAAACAUCAUCGUUUGUCAUCAGUUCCUCGAGUCAAUAAAAGAGCUAGUUUUCCUUUUGAAUUAGUUCAUUCAGAUGUUUGGGAUCUUUGUCCUGUCGUGUCCAAAACUGAAUUUCGGUAUCUUGUUACCUUUGUUGAUGAUUUUUCUCGUGUGACUUGACUUUAUUUAAUGAAGAAUCGUUCUGAAUUAUUUUCUCAUUUUAGUGCCUUCUGUACUGAAAUUUGAACUCAGUUUAAUGUAUCUGUACAGACAUUGAGAAGUGAUAAUGCUAAAGAAUAUUUUUCUGAUUCUUUUCAAACUUACAUGCUUUAAAAUGGUGUUCUUCAUCAAUUCUUGUGUGUUGACACCCCCUCUCAGAAUGGUGUGAUUGAAAGAAAAAAUAGAUAUCUUCUUGAGACAGUUAGGGCACUCGUGUUCCAAAUGCAUGUUCCUAAACAAUUUUGGGCUGAUGCAGUGUCUACAGCCUGUUUUUAAAUUAAUCGGAUGCCCUCAUCCGUUUUUCAUGAUACGACUCCUUACAAUGUACUUUUCCCUACUAAACCCCUAUUUCCCAUUAAACCUAGGAUAUUUGGUAGUACAUGUUAUGCUCAUGAUUUUCGUCCCCAGGUAACUAAGUUAGAUCCCAAAUCCUUAAAAUAUAUUUUUUUGGGUUACUCUCGUCUACAAAAAGAGUAUCGUUGCUAUUGUCCAAAUAUUAACAAAUAUCUUGAUUUGUUGGUUUAUCAUAUCAUUUACCAGUCAACUAAUGUUACCUCUUCGCCUACUACUCCCACACCACUACCACCACUGCCUAUUCGCCACGUGUAUUCCAGACGACGAAACACACUUGAUGCAUGUUCAGUACCUGCCGCUUCUUGGGCAUUGGAUCCAAUGUCAAGUGAUCUUAAUCUACCUAUUGCUCUACGUAAAGGUAAACGUCAAUAUACUUACCCUAUUUCCUUUUUUGUGUCUUAUGAUCACUUGUCUCCAUCUUCUUGUUCUUUUGUUGCUUCCCUUGAUUCUGUGACUCUUCCGAAAACUGUUCAUGAAGCCUUAUCCAAUCUUGGUUGGCGUGAAGCUAUGAUUGAGGAGAUGAAUGCUUUGGAUGCUAAUGGUACUUGGGAUUUAGUGGAUUUACCUGCAAAAAAAAAAGGUUAUUGGAUGUAAAUGGGUAUUUGCACUCAAAGUCAAUCCUGAUGGAUCGGUAGCUAGACUUAAAGCCGUCUUGUUGCUAAAGACUAUGCUCAGAUUUAUGGUGUGGACUAUCCUGACACUUUCUCUCCAAUCGCUAAGUUAACGUCUGUUCGCUUAUUCAUUUUUAUGGUAGCUGCUCAUGAUUGGCCUUUACAUUAGUUGCUCAGGGGGAGUAUGGGAAUGUGUGUCACCUUCGAAAAUCCUUAUAUGGCUUGAAACAAAGUCCACGU